AUGGCCGUGGCCCAGAUGCGGCUGACACGGCGAGCCCUGGGGGCACUGGGUUCCAGCGAGUUGGGUUUUCUACGAAGCAGUUGGCCAUUGAAAGGCUCAGUGAGAUGUAAGUGCCUGACACGGGCGACCAUCAACCAGAAGGUCUUGGAGGCAGAGUAUGCUGUACGUGGAAGAUUACCUACGCGUGCGGCAGCUAUCCAAAAGGAACUUGCCAACGGAGCCAAGUAUCCAUUCACAGAGCUUGUGCAUUGCAACAUAGGGAAUCCGCAACAGGUCGGGCAGAUACCUUUGUCCUUCAAUAGGGAGGUGCUGGCAUUGCUGACAGCACCCCGACUUUUGGAAAAGGCAGCCGACCUUGUUAAGCUGGGCCUUAUCUCCGCAGAGGCAGCGGAACGCGCGAAAGAGUAUUCACAAAAAGCUGCCAAGAUAGGAGCUUACACUGACUCUGUAGGGUUUCAGUUUGUUAGAGAGGAAGUUUGUGACUUCAUCGAACGUCGUGACGGCAACCGGCCCGACGUCAGCCAGGUCUUCUUGACAAAUGGAGCUAGCGAAGGCGUGAGGCUUGUCAUGUCUGCUUUGGCAGCAACACAUCUUGGCGGGCGCGUGGGAAUCAUGGCACCCAUACCUCAGUAUCCUUUAUAUUCAGCGCUGUCGACCUUGAUGGAUUGCGAACUAGUAGGGUACUACCUGGAUGAGGACAAUAGGUGGGCUGUCAGCAUCCCAGCCUUAGAAGCUGCGCACGAGGAAGCCACCAAGCGCGGAGUAGUCGUGCGCGGCUUGGUUGUCAUCAAUCCAGGAAACCCAUCUGGCAACAAUCUGACCCCGGAAACUCUCGAGAAGGUUGUGACUUUUGCGCAUGACAAAGGCUUGGUACUGCUCGCAGACGAAGUCUAUCAGGAGAACAUCUUGACCACACAUCCCUUCAAGUCGAUGUCCAGCAUCGUGAAUGAGAAACAGCUCGACUUGGAAGUCGCAUCCUUUCACUCCUUAUCCAAGGGGUUCCUCGGGGAGUGUGGUGUUCGAGGAGGCUACUGUAUCUUCGAGAACUUCGACCCGCAGGUCAUGGAACAGUUCGUGAAGCUGAAGUCGAUUGAGCUUUGCUCCAACACUGUCGGGCAACUUUCUGUGGGCUUGAUGGUUCGGCCCCCUUCUGCGGAUGCAGCGGCCCUUUAUGAUGAAGAAAGGCAAGCGGUGCUCGAUUCCUUGAGGAACAAAGCACAGAUCUUGCAGAAGACGUUGAGCGCCCUUCCAGGCAUUUCCCUACAAGAGAUCGGCGGAGCCAUGUAUGCUUUCCCUCAGAUAAAACUUCCGAAGGCAGCCAUUGAAGCAGCCGAAGCUCAGGGCAUAGCGCCGGACGAGUUUUAUUGCAUGCAAGCACUGGAGACUACAGGCUUGGUAGUGGUUCCUGGCUCCGGUUUCAGACAGGUUGAGGGUACAUUCCACUUUCGGACAACCUUUCUGCCCACACUGGAGAAAAUGCAGAGGGCCAUGGCCUCCUUUGCCAAGUUUCACACCGACUUCAUGCAGCGCUACGCGUAA